AUGGCUGCUAACAUUUUGAAAUUCCUACUACUUGAAAUAAUUUUCAAUGAGGUGAUCGCAUCGUAUCUGCCGCAUCAACAGAAAUAUUACCAAGUGCCCAGUCAACAGUAUUAUCAACUUCCGGGCACAGGAUCGACGGGAACAGCAACAAGUUCCUAUGCGUCACCUCCGUCAGCUACGUACCAAUCUGCAGUUGUACCCUCUUUCAUCGAAUAUUCCGCGUAUACACCGGCUAAGCCAUACAAUCCAGCCGCGGAGAAGCUUCCAUCGUAUAAUACACCGCCUGUAGCGUCUGCACAGCCGUCUCCACUUCCCAUCAACAACACACCGAAUCCGAAAAAUGUGCCUUCACUAACAACCCCACCUUUCGACUCGAACGUUCUCAAUAAUCUAGCAAUUGCUUUGCAACUGUUGAUCGUGAGCAAUUUACUAAAUAUGCCUGUACCGGAACGAAUCGAGAAAUCCAAUACCAUCCUCCCUCUGCGAAAAACGUCAGCAAAUGAAUACGGCCCAGUUCAGAACAUUAACCCGAUUUCAGCGUAUUUCGCUUCAUCAAAUUUAGACACGUAUCCCAGUGCUGGUGUACCUUCAAAUCCUGAAGCCCAAGGUUAUCAGGCUUAUUUCGAGUCAAACUCAAAUGAUCCAUCUGCAAAUCCUCAAUAUGUUCCGAACGCAAACUAUUUGGGAUCUUCCAACAAUUUCGGGGGUUUGUUAGGCUCUUUAGGGGUUCCCCCUGCUAAAGCAAGGCCAGGUUUAAAUCUGAAGUCACCUUACGACGCUAUCUCAUCACCGCCUGAAACCCCUCCUCACUCACCAUUCGAAUAUCGAAAAGCUGACUUCCAAUCUCCAUAUGCUGCGAUUCUGGCGGCCGAUAGUUAUAAAGACUUGUUUUCAAUGGACUUU